AAUCAACAAAUACCGUCAACAUGUCUGCUCCAAUCAACAAGGAAAAGGUCGAACAAGAACAAGAACAAGCUAUUCACAAGAUUAGAAUCACCUUGACUUCUACCAAGGUCAAGCAAUUGGAAAACGUUUCUGCUAACAUCAUCAGAAACGCUGUCCAAAACGACAUUGUCAAGAAGGGUCCUGUUAGAAUGCCAACCAAGGUCUUGAAGAUUACCACCAGAAAGACCCCUAACGGUGAAGGUUCCAAGACUUGGGACACUUACGAAAUGAGAAUCCACAAGAGAGUCAUUGACUUGCAAGCCCCAGCUGCCACUGUCAAGAAGAUCACUCAAAUCACCAUCGAACCAGGUGUGGAUGUCGAAGUCACCAUUGCUGCCUAAAUGGUAGUGAUGUAGAAAUUCGUAAAAAUGAAUCAACAACGGGUGUGUUGAGUUACAGAGUGCUGCGAUGGGAGUAAUGUGAAGAAGUGAGAUGAGGUUGUUUAUUAAUUAUUUUAUCUGUACCAUAAAGAAUUCAGGAGACAUCGUAUCCAAGUGCUCUAGGCGUGCCGUGUGUUUUAGUUAGCACACAGACGUUGUGGUGUUGCUAUCAGGAUUUGGUAUGAUAAAUCGUAGCUCGCUGUGCUCGCAUGCUGUUGGUUUAUAUAUUUUAAUACAUUUGUCGGUUGCC